AUGAACGACGAAAUUAUCGGACUAGAUUCACACUCAGAGUUUGAGGAAUUCAAUUUACAUGAAUAUUUCUCAUAUUUCAACAAUUUAUGUUUUGAUGGGUUUUUAGAUGUUGUAUGUGUUUCUUGGAGUAAGAAAUUAACACUUUCUGCGGGUAUUUGCUCAUACGAGAAAGAAGGUUAUUGCAACAUUCGCCUAAGUGAAUCUCUUUUGAGAUAUAGAGCAGUUAAGGAAUGCAAGGAGAUUCUCCUACAUGAAAUGAUCCAUGCAUAUUUGUUCCUUAAAAAGCGUAAUAAGAAACUUUAUGCACAUGGAAAGGAAUUUAUAUGGCAUAUGAACCGAGUUAAUGAAAUUACUGGACUCAACGUUACAAUAUAUCACAACUUUCAUGACGAAGUAAAUUACUAUAGAAAACACAUUUGGCGUUGUACAGGUGAUUGUCGAUUGAAGUCACCUCAUUUUGGUUAUAUUAAGAGAUCCAAGAAUAUAGCACCAGGUCCCAGGGAUAGAUGGUGGAAAAAGCACGCUAACACGUGUGGUGGAACAUUCGUUAAGUUAGGUGAAGAUACUUGUGAUGAAACGAAGCGAGUAGAUAGAACGUUAACAUUACACAAAAAUACUAUUGACCCAUCUGAUAACACUAUCAAAGUAUCAUCUGGAACGUAUGACUCACCAAUUAUCAUUUGA